AUGUUCUUCUCCGGACGCUCUCAUGUACUCUGGUCUACUUAUAUCUGGGUUGCCGUGGCCAUCGCCUUUGCUGGCAACACCCAAGCGAAAUUCCUCAAAGCGGAUCUAAAAUGGCCUAUCCUUCGAAGAGCUCAGGAUGACCUCCAAUCCAGCCUCACCGAUUUGUUGAUAUUGAGAGAACCUGACAACGACCCGGUAUUUGAAAAGGCUAUGCGAGUGGUCGACAAUCUCGCCACCCAGUCGACCUGCCAUCAAGCAGCGGCAGGCCACUUGCUUGUGACUUGUAAGACGAUUGGCGCAAACAUGGGUCUACAACAAGGGAAACACGAACUACUAGAGAGGGCUCAAUCGGUAUACGCAGUCAGAGUGGCAGUAUGCGAAACGGGUGAAGGAAGAGCAGCAAUCCCCCCUGCUUGCAAACCAAUUCUUGAAAUCCCUCAACGGCUUGACCACGAGAUUGACGUCGUCAAUAGCAAAAUACUGGCUUCCUGUCUUGAAGCGUUGAUCACAGAACAUUACUACUGGACGAGCUAUAGUAACAACAGACAAGAUGCCAAUACUUUGUGUCAAGCCACUACUAUCGAGUCCUCCAGAUUGGAAGCGCUUCAGUCCUACCAGAAGCUGGCAGAACUCCUUCCCGAGCUUCGUGCUGCACUUGGUUCGACCCAAUCUCAGUGGCUGGGUUUCCUGAAGCAGCAGCAGGAAGAGAUUGCGUACGUGAGCAAACUUGAGCGGAAAAGUCGAGAAGAACGCCAGGCACAACACAAACAUGAGCUUAACACUUUUCACGACACUAUGCAUUUGGCAAAAGAAGGCAUGCAUAACGCAUUUACGACUCUGCAGCGACGGAUAGCUAGUACGCAGGAGGGCGUGACCCAGACCCAGGAGACUCUGGGAGAUGUGUUUGCUGAUUUCGUCAAACUUCGAGAACUGUUGCACACAGCAAUUGCAACCACUGGUGAGCAGCAUGCUGAAGCUGCCGCGGCCCAAUUGCAAGAGAUGAGCAUUGCCCAUGAGCUUGCCCUUGCCACCACAAAGGCGCUCGAAACUAUACAGGCGGGUGGAAUAGCCCAGGAUGUCACCAAACUUCUUCAUCGUCUGAAGGGCGGACUCGACGAGAUUUCUGGUAUACAGUCGACCCAGUUGGCGAGCGUGAAGCAUCAUCUGCAACUCAGCGCUUCUCAACUUGACGCUGCAACCACCGCGGCCGGAAGAGUGUCCGGCAAGCUUGACAGAGUCAAUCAAGCGUUGACGCGUGUUGAAGCUGCUUCCGCCAUUCUCAGCUCACUUUUUGCCGUCAUCACAAUACCAUCCCGGAUCGUGGAGCACCUUCAUUUGAGAUUAUUGGGGCUUUUUGCCAUGCCAGCUUUACUGUUGUCGUUCUGGAAGCCACGAACAUAUUCGUACAUACUGAUGACUCUCUACGUGUUUCUCGAAAGCCUCAUAUCCUUGAUUGAAGAGCAUUACAACAAAAUCAGCAUUGCUUUGCAGUACCUCAGCAAGAGAUGUCAAGCCAUAAUAUUGACUUGCGCUUUCAAUAUCUCCGGCAAGAAACUACUGGUUGCUGGGCUGAGCAUGGUGGUUGUCCUCUGCUACUUCCUGCUGGCACAUCCUCUCAAGUCACAACCGAGAUCGACUUUACCCCUAAAAUUCGUUGAAGAAGUUGACACCCUCACAAUUACAGAGCGAGUUUACCUGGAGAACAGAUUGCGGAAUGCCAAAUAUCUGGGGCUUUCAAGGGACCGUUACCGACGAGCCGCGACUGUCUGCUAG